ACUGCUACUCUUCUGUGCUCUUCACUCUUCAUCUUGCUUUUCUUUCUUUCUUUCUCUAAUCACUACAUAACUUAAAAGGAACAUUCUUUUUGUUUCUCUUUCUCUGAUCCUUGAAAAGUUUUUUUUCACUUUUUUUUUUAAAAUUGUCUUUGUUAAAAGGGAAAAAAAACAGGAUGGGAAAAGCCGGUUAAAAAAGGAAAAUGCCAACACCUACCUGUUUUAAUAUAGACCCAAAAAGUUCUCUUGGUUAAUCGCAUUUCUAGGAAUUUCCCAGAUCCGGAUUUCCCUCUUUUCGCUCUCUGUAUCUGUCUUUCGUUUGUUUCAAGAUUACAUUGGUCGUUGCAAUCACAAAAAGGGUGCUUUUUUAAUAUAAACUUUUAUAUCAAGAAUUGGAAGUUUGAAGUUUUGCAUUGAUUGAUUGGAGACAAAAUGGGGGACAAUAGAGAUGGGUAACAAUACUCUGAUGAUGUUUUUUGGGGUUUAAUGCUGGUAAGAAGUGAAGACAAUAACAGCAGUCAGUGAGCUAAAAAUCAAAGAACUGUGGACCAGGGUGACCAAAAAAAGAAAAGAGCUGUGGAGUAAAAUUAUGGGUUGCAUUUGCUCGAAAGCAACUCGAGCAAAUGUAGCACAAAACAAUGCCACAAGGAAAGAACCAAAAUCUAGCAAACGUCCAGUCUCUUCUUUUAGAAGAGAUGAAGCUUUGGUAGAGGCUGAUGGGAAUGGCAACGAUGCCACAGCAAGUUUGAUAUCAAAGCAACCUAGAAAUAACAAUGGAGGAUCUAACUCCAUAUCAUCUGAUGAGGAGGAUAAGAAAAAAUCUGCUAAGGCCAACACUCAAAAGGUAACGAGGAUAUUGACUUUGGGCCAUGGGGAAAGAGGAGCUCAGGUUGUUGCUGGUUGGCCUACUUGGCUGGCUGCCGUUGCUGGUGAAGCCAUCAAUGGAUGGGUGCCUCGAAGGGCAGAGUCAUUUGAGAAGUUAGAUAAGGUUGGGCAAGGAACUUACAGCAGUGUGUACAAAGCCCGUGAUCUUGAGACAAAUAAAAUAGUUGCAUUGAAGAAGGUCCGGUUCGCUAACAUGGAUCCAGAAAGUGUACGGUUCAUGGCAAGAGAAAUCAUUAUUUUGCGUAGGCUUGAUCACCCAAAUGUCAUGAAACUUGAAGGAAUAAUUACUUCGAAGAUGUCAGGUAGUUUAUACCUGAUAUUUGAAUACAUGGAGCAUGAUCUUGCAGGGCUUUUGGCAACCCCAGGUGUUAAGUUUACUGAAGCACAGAUAAAAUGUUAUAUGCAACAACUUCUUCAUGGACUUGAACAUUGCCAUAGUCGUGGAGUUUUGCACAGAGACAUUAAAGGGUCAAAUCUUUUGGUUGACCAAAAUAACAAUCUCAAAAUUGGUGAUUUUGGACUGGCAACCUUCUUCCAAUCCCCUCAGAAGCAGCCUCUGACAAGUCGUGUAGUAACAUUAUGGUACAGGCCCCCUGAACUUUUGCUUGGUGCCACUAAUUAUGGAGUUACUGUGGAUCUCUGGAGCACUGGUUGCAUUCUCGCAGAAUUGUUUGCUGGGAAGCCUAUCAUGCCUGGAAGAACUGAGGUGGAACAACUGCAUAAAAUCUUCAAACUUUGUGGGUCACCAUCGGUAGAGUAUUGGAAGAGAUCAAAACUACCACAUGCAACCAUUUUUAAACCUCAACAACCAUAUAAACGUUGUGUUUCUGAGACAUUCAAGGAAUUUCCUUCAUCGGCUUUGGCCCUUCUGGAUGUCCUCCUUGCAGUAGAACCUGAGGACCGUGGAACAGCUAGUUCAGCACUCAGUAGUGAGUUCUUUACAACAAAACCUCUUCCUUGUGACCCAUCAAGUUUGCCCAAGUACCCACCGACCAAGGAGUUUGAUGUAAAGCUUCGGGAUCAGGAUAGUAAAAGGCGUAAAGGAGGUGGAGGGAAAGGACGUGGACAUGAAUCAACUAGUAAGAGUUCCAGAGGAUCUAAAGCUGUGCCGGCACCAGAUGCAAAUGCAGAGUUGCCAGCAUCCAUCCAGAAGCGACAAGGACAGUCUAACGCCAAAAGUGUCAGCGAACAGUACAAACCCAACGAUGGCAUUGAGCCUUCUGAAGGAACAGCAAAAAAUGCAAGCCCCUAUUCAGGGCAGUCAGCACAUCCUAUGAACUUUGCAGCAUCACGUGGUAUAAAUGUUAAUGAUAACGAGGUUCUUAGGGCUCCUGGCCCAUUUGCUUCUCCUAAGAAGCCUGGAGAACUCAGAACUCAGAGAUCUUUCGUAAAUCGGGGAGCAGCACAGUUGUCCAGAUUUUCAAAUUCUGUUGCUGUUAGAGGCCGUUCACAAUUGGAUAAUGGCAGUGCAACGACAGUGACACGACACUGGCCAGAGGAUUCCUCCCAUCAUUUUCAUCCUCGAUAUAACCAUCUGGAUGAUUCCACCCACCAUUUAUUGAACAGACCAAAGUUCUCAAAUAAGGAGGUUCAGCCAGCUGGUUUAGAGACUGCAGCGGCUUUCUAUCAGAAGAAAGGCCGUAUGCACUACUCUGGACCAUUGAUGAAUGCAGGAAGCAACAUUGAGGAGAUGCUCAAAGAGCAUGAGAAACAAAUACAGGAAGCUGUUCGCAAAGCACGCUCGGACAAGAUCAAGACCAACAAAGCCAAUAAUGAAAAUGGACAAACAGAAUCACUACUAUACCAUGGGAAAAAUGGCAGGUGACUCUGGAGCUGCAACUUAUGCUUGUUUCAUAUUCAUAUUGAAGCCUGAGAAAUAUCACCACCAUGGGAGGAGCUGUUGGGAUCACACCAUCAGAUAGUUACCUGUUGACUGCUAUCAGAAUGAGGUUCAAAUCAUAAAUGCACUGUAGAUAAUUCAGAAAUGUGAUUAGUUGAAAAGCCAAUAGAAUCCAUCUUCACAAAGAUAGGGUAAGAUGGAGUUUCAUAUGAUACAAGACCAAUUAAUUGACUGCCAAAGAGAAAAUCUCUCUUUGCUUCUGGGAAUUAUUCAGUUAUUCCAAGUUAUACUCUGUACAGCAGAAUUCUGUAUUUUAUUUUUCUUCCUCCAAUCAAUUUUCUCUAAGUCAAUGUAAACAAUGGUGCAACAAUCCUAUAUCUCCACUUCACCCAAACCAAUUAUAUAAGGCAGCGACUUACUCCAAA